AAAACGCUCCGCAUCCAGCGUGCGUUUCACCCGAGAACUGACCGCAAAGCUCAAAACAAAUGUGCUUGUAAGGACCUUUCUCACUCGCUGUCGUGCAAUUGGAUUUGAUAAAAAUGGGACUAUUUGAUGCCCUACGAGAUUUUAAUUUAUUGACGUGGCUGAGAGAAGAAAGACAGUCUCGGAGGCUCAUUCUGUUUAUCGUUUUUAUAGCUUUGCUUUUGGACAACAUGCUUUUAACGGUGGUCGUGCCAAUAAUUCCCAGCUACCUGUACACAGUGGACGACGAGGCCUCCCAGGCAGCCCAGAAUCACUCCAUCUCCUCUCUUUCGCCAUCCAGCACAUUUCAGAGCAUUGUGUCUUUGUACGAUAACUCUACACGCUUGACUGGCUUCAGUCCCCAGAUGAGCACGUCUGGCCCAUUGAUCCCGGCCCCUGUUCAUAGCAUAACCCCUCUUCAAAACCAGUCUGAUUGCCCCAAAGCAGAUAAGCAGCUUCUGGAUGAGAAUGUGAAAGUGGGUCUGUUGUUUGCCUCAAAAGCAACAGUACAACUCAUCACUAACCCCUUCAUAGGACCCCUCACCAACAGAAUAGGCUACCAGAUCCCAAUGUUUGCUGGUUUCUGCAUCAUGUUUGUUUCCACCAUCAUGUUUGCGUUUUCAUCAAGCUACACGUUGCUGUUUUUGGCUAGAUCUCUACAGGGGGUUGGCUCGUCUUGUUCUUCUGUGGCAGGUAUGGGGAUGCUGGCAAGCGUUUACACAGAUGACGAAGAAAGAGGAAAUGCUAUAGGAAUUGCCCUGGGAGGACUAGCCAUGGGAGUUUUGGUUGGCCCUCCUUUUGGUAGUGUCAUGUAUGAGUUUGUCGGUAAGACGGCUCCUUUCCUUAUCCUGGCAGUGCUCGCUGUGCUUGAUGGAGCUCUGCAGUUGUUUGUUCUUCAGCCUUCGAAGGUUGAGCCAGAAAGCCAGAAAGGAACUCCACUAAUGACUCUCAUGAGAGAUCCAUACAUCCUCAUUGCAGCAGGUUCCAUUUGUUUUGCUAACAUGGCCAUUGCAAUGCUGGAGCCAGCUCUGCCCAUCUGGAUGAUGGAGACAAUGUGCCCCAGGAAAUGGCAGCUAGGGGUUGCAUUUGUACCUGCCAGUGUCUCAUAUCUUAUAGGGACCAACAUCUUUGCCAUUCUGGCUAACAAAAUGGGGAGAUGGCUGUGCUCACUUAUAGGGAUGCUGCUGGUUGGCGUCAGCAUUCUUUUUGUGCCUUUUGCAAAAGAUAUAUACGGACUCAUUGUGCCAAACUUUGGAGUUGGAUUUGCAAUUGGUAUGGUGGACUCUUCGAUGAUGCCGAUCAUGGGCUAUCUAGUAGAUCUGAGACACGUGUCUGUAUACGGCAGUGUGUAUGCCAUUGCUGAUGUUGCCUUCUGCAUGGGCUUUGCUUUAGGUCCAUCAGCAGGUGGAGCGAUCGCUCGGAGCAUCGGCUUCCCUUGGCUCAUGACCAUCAUUGGUGUGGUGGACAUCCUGUUCGCUCCUCUCUGUUUCUUCCUGCGCAAUCCUCCCGCCAAUGAGGAAAAGAUGGCCAUUUUGAUGGACUCUAACUGUUCGAUGAGGACACGUUCCUACUCCACCCAGGGCUCCAGCUACCAAAUGGGUGACGAUCUGUAUCUAGAGAGUCCUGAAUAGGCCUCAUCAGUGUCCUUGGCCAUGUAUGUCACCCAAAGUAUCUAUUUUAUUGUAGGAAAGAGCAAAACGACAGACUUUAAAGAAAACCAUAAUGCUGAUUUGUGAGAAUGUCCCAUGCUGUCCUGUGGUCGUGAUGGUCAUGUUCUAUUGAAACAAACCAAAGUUGUUCUCCUGGCUGUUUGUUCUCAGUUUGGGAGAGGUGAAAUAUGUAACCAACAGCCUUAUCAAUACAGAUAACUCUUGCAUGUGAUUCAAAAGCAGGGAGAGAGAGGAUAAAAGGGAAAACAUAUACUUUUAUCCAGUAUAACAAUGUUUAUAUUUACUAAUCAAAAGUCAUUUCUAGGUGCACGUGUCUGAAAAAUGGGCAGUUGAUAAGGUAAAAUAUGGAGGAUUCGGAUAUGACUUGGUUUCAUUUAAAUAUGACUUCUGACAGACAUGUAUUGGAUAUUUAUUGUUUGUUUGUGGUGGUAGGAAAAAGUGUGGUCUUCAUAUCAUAUCUGUUGGUCCUGUUGAAGUCUUUUCAUAUGUGAAAAUGUCAUUUAAGGUGCAUUUGCCUCAGCUAGAUGGAUUAUAACUCCCCUUGAAAUGGGCCUUAAAAUGUUUACAUCCUUAUCAUAAUCAGGUGAAAAUUUACUGUCAAUUUUUACAUAGAAUAAAUAAGAACAGCUGAAGAACAUUUUAGGUGAAUUUCUUAAGAGAUAUUUACACUGAUGAUUUGCUUUGUGGCUUUUAUUUCAGUUCUGGCUUUUGAGCAGACAAACAGGACCUGCAGGACCUAAGCUUAAUACAUAAAAAAAUAUCAGCAUAAUGUUUUUUUGAGUGUGAAAAAGCUAAUGGUCUAUACAUUAGAUAAUCAAGCAAGUGAGUGUCAUGUGUCAACAAGUCCUACUGUCUUUGGAAAUCUGUUCUAUAUGUGUGACUUGUGUGGUGUCAACUGAACAUGAUGUACCGUACUAACAACAAUGAGAGACACCUAUAUUUCGAUUUUACAUGGUGAUAUAAACUUUUAGUUUUGUUAUAUGAAGUAAAUUAUUACUGUAUAGCAUCCAGAUACCUUAGGUACUUAAAAUGACAUUUUGCUUUUAAAGUGUAUAUAGUAUAUAUAUAUAUCUAUAUUUUAGUAAGUCGUUUGAAUGUGCUGGAAUGCUAAUAUCUUUUAUUAUUUGUACAGGAUGCCUCAAUAUUGCUCUUUCCCAUUGUCAUUUUAAUUUCCUUUUCUUUUUUCCCCUCUGUUGUUUUGGGUUUGGCAAAUGUGUUAUCAUGAACUGGCUGUGAAAUGAAAUGGCCUUAAGGAAUACUGUAUUGCAGGUUCAAUACAAGUUAAGCUCAAUCAACAGCAUUUGUGGCAUAAUGUUGGUUGCGACAAAAACUUUUUUUUUUGACUUGUCCAAAAUGUGAGAUUACAGUGCGGCACUUACAAUGGAAGUGGACGGGGCCAAUUUAUUGUGGGUUUAAGGCAGAAAUUUCAAGCUUAUUAUUUUAUAAAAGCACUUAUAUUAAUUCUUCUGUUAAAACCUGUGUAUUAUUUUAGCUGUAAACAUUGUUUUAGGGUUUGCAAAGUUGUAAAAUAGGUUAAGACUUUACACAUAAAAGGUUAGAAAGCAAUUUUAUCACACUAAAAUCAUGUUAGCUUGCAUAUUGUUUAUGUCUUGUGGUUAUACUUUUAAUGUUUACAGAUUAACCCAUUCACUUCCAUUGUACAUGCCUCACUGUAACCUUGAUUUUUAUUAAAAAUGUUUUUGUAGUUAUCAACAUUGUCACAAGUGCAGUCAAUUAAGCUCAACUUGUACUGAACCUUGAAUUUUCCUUUUAAUUGAGCUCCUAAAAUGGUCAUAAAACCCUAAAUGCUUAAAGCCAUAUAAAAUGACUAGGGUUUUAUGAAGACUAUAAAUAUUUUUUUUCAUCUAAGUAUUUCUUUAUUUUCCAAGGGACAUGGUCAUCAGAGGUCUGUGCAGGCCAUGGUGUGGUUUCCUUAGCCAUCUUUUUUUUAAAUUUUUGUACAGAUACAUCAUAUGCCUUAAAAUCAGAUACAACUGCUGCAAACAUUAUUUAAUGGCAAGUGUUAGGUAUGUACUGUAUGUACACUGGUUUUGACCCAAUAAUAAUACUGUUAUUGUUCUCUUAUUGCCCACAGGUUAAUGAAAUCAUUGAUUUGAUAGCAUAUUUUCCUCUGGAGCUAGAAUCAGUUUAAUGCAACAAAUGUGACCUGAAUUAGCCUUUGAGAAAAAUCAUGUGAGCUCAGCUUUAGGUAUCUGGACAACUGAGCUUGUUUGUGUUAGAUAUGAGAGAUGGGCCCUUACACUCAUUCCUCUGUCAUUAGAACUAUAAUUAUGGACAGACCAACUGUGCAUGAGGCAGCAAACUGCACAUGUUGUUUUCCACUAUUAUCUGAAACAAUUCCACAGGUUUAAAUGUAAACACAAGCAUAAAAACCUGUUCUAGUUAGCCCAACACAACUGAACCAACUAGUCAAGGUAUACAACUACACACAGGUGUUACAGUGGAUAGUUGGAUGCCAAUUUCUAAGCUUAAUCAGAUUGGUAAAUGUGUCACCAAUAUUUGCUAGGUUACGGUGUUGCAGCAGUUUCCUUUAAACUUCAUUGUUGUUUCUUAAACUGUUUGCCCAUUAAGAGUUAAGAGUAUUAUGUAAAUAAUUUAAAUUAGUUUUAACCAAAAACAGAUGUGUAUUUGUCAGUGUCAGUGUGCGCCUUCAGACUGGUAUGUCUUUUGUUUGUGCUUUAACUAUAUCAACUUAAAAACUGCAGUAAUGGGUUGAGUUUUUUAUCCACUAUUUGGUUAGGUGAUCAGUUUAAGAACUGCAAGGGAACUACUGUCUGUGACCAGAACGGAAAAUAAAUGUUUA